GCUGUUAAUUGGUAUUUUGCGCUUCAGAACGCGAGAUAACGCGUGCUGAAUUAAUUUUAAUUUUUAAUUCUAAUACAUUUUGUGUUAAGAUUGUAAUGAAAAUGUCGUGAAAGUCGAGUCCAAUGGCAAUUUGUGCUCACAUUAACAACUCGUUAGAUAUUCUGUUAUUAUCAAGAAGGUGAACAAACAACAUGUCGACGGGAUUCAAAUGCCGCAAUUGCGGAUCCAACGAGAUCGAGGAGGAUAAUGCACGGGGCGAUCGGGUUUGCAUGAACUGCGGCUCUGUGCUGGAGGAUUCGCUAAUUGUCUCCGAGGUGCAAUUCGAAGAGAUGGGCCAUGGCGCCGCCGCGAUUGGACAGUUCGUUUCUGCGGAGUCUUCUGGAGGUGCUACAAACUAUGGCUAUGGUAAAUUCCAAGUUGGCUCCGGCACAGAGUCGCGUGAGGUUACAAUCAAAAAGGCCAAGAAAGACAUAACGCUCCUGUGCCAGCAGCUGCAGCUAACGCAACAUUAUGCAGACACUGCGCUCAAUUUUUUUAAAAUGGCCCUUCAUCGUCAUCUAACACGCGGCCGCAAAAGCACCCACAUCUAUGCGGCUUGCGUCUACAUGACCUGUCGCACCGAGGGCACGUCCCACCUGCUAAUCGACAUAAGCGACGUACAACAGAUUUGCUCGUACGAACUCGGUCGCACAUAUCUGAAGCUGUCACACGCUUUGUGCAUCAACAUACCAUCCGUAGAUCCCUGUCUAUACAUUAUGCGCUUCGCCAACCGACUGCAGCUGGGCCCCAAGACCCACGAGGUGUCCAUGACGGCGCUGCGCAUUGUGCAGCGCAUGAAGAAAGACUGCAUGCACUCGGGACGCCGGCCCACUGGACUCUGUGGAGCGGCGCUCCUGAUUGCCGCUCGCAUGCACGAGUUUAGCCGCACGCUUGCGGAUGUGAUCGGUGUGGUCAAAAUACACGAGUCAACGCUGCGCAAGCGCCUGUCUGAGUUCGCCGAGACUCCGUCCGGUGGCCUUACACUAGAGGAGUUUAUGACCGUCGACUUGGAGCGUGAGCAGGACCCGCCCUCGUUCAAAGCGGCGCGUAUCAAGGAUCGCGAGCUCAUACAAAAUAUGGGCGUGCAUGAGCUCACCGAGCUGCAGAAGGAGAUCGAUGCACAUUUGGAAAAGGAUAUUGGCAAAUACACUGAGAGCAUGUUGCGAAAAGUGACCAAAGGCAAAGUCGAGGACUCUGCAGAAGCAAAGUCAAGCAAAUGUAUGCAGAAAUCGGAAAAGGAGAUCGAAAUGGAGGAGUCUAGGCAAUUCAUUGAGGCAUCCAAUGCCGAGGCUAUCAAAGAAUUUAUUGCAAACAAUACGGACUCGGACUCGGAGUUGGACACCAAGCCACAGAGCGCUAUGGCCAGCGUUAUUGAGGGACUGCGUCCCGACAUCGAAGCUAUUUGCCGAGUCACUGAAAGCGAAUUGGAGGAUGUGGAGCGGGCUAAGCAGCCAAUGGCGACGGAACUAUUUGUUGACGACUUGAAUGACGAUGAGCUGGAUCAGUAUGUGCUGACAGAGGAGGAGGCCGACACCAAGCUAAGCAUGUGGAAGAAUUUGAAUGCUGAGUUUUUGCGCGAGCAGAAGGAACGCGAGGAGCGAAUGGCCAAGGAGCGUGAGGAGGGCAAGCCCGAGAAGAAAAAGCGAAAGCCGAGGAAGAAGGUCAUUGGACCAUCGUCCACAGCUGGCGAAGCCAUUGAGAAGAUGCUGCAGGAAAAGAAGAUCUCUAGUAAGAUAAAUUACGACAUUCUAAAAACCCUCACUGAAGGCAUGGGCUCAUUUACGAGCGAGGGUGAGAUAUCAGCGGAGGAUCCCAAACCGAAGACGCUGGAUGAGCUAGCACAGACGCCCGCUAUUGUGGAGGACGGUCCGAUUUCCAGUAAGCAAAGCCGCGGCAAACCAAGCUACGAUAUGCCCGGACCCAGUCGAAAGCGUGUCAAAGUAGAGGCCGGUCUGCCUGUCAGUCAAGCAGAGGAGCAACUGGAGGCCAAGCCGGAGAUUACCCUAGAAACAGACGAGUUGGACGAAGAUGCUGAGGUAGAUGAAGCUGACGCCGAACCGGAGGCAGAGCCAGAGGCUACGUUGCAGGACAUGCUGAACCAGGGCGCUGGCGACGAAGACGAUGAGUACGGCUACGGCUUCGACGAAGAGGAGGAGUACUAACCACAGCGACAUGCAUGACAUGGCAUUUAGCAUUAUGGCACAUUCUGUAUGGUCAUUUUUGUACCCAAAUUGAUAAUCAGCAACUACUCAUAAUCUAAUUAAAUUAAG